CCCUGGUUCUACCUUUGUUUGUCAUCUUGUCUAUAUUCACAGAUUAUAGAAAUUAUUUCUAAAUAUUUAUUUCUUCAUUUCUAUUUCCAAUAGAGACCUUUAGUUUUUUUUUGUGAACAUUUAAAAAUACGUUUUCAUCAUGGGCAAGGGAUUCAAUAAUUAUAUGUGUAAGAAAUUCUUUCAUCCUGCAUCAAGAGAUAACUUGAAAAGGGUAUGGAUGGCUGAACAGAAAACGGAAGCAUAUAAGAAAAAACAAGAAGAACUCAGAGUUCAAUAUGAGAAAGAACAGGAACUCCAUGAAAACAAAGCAUUACUGAGUAAGGACAGUAAGGAUAAACUGAGCCUUAAUUUUAUGUAUGAACCACCACCUGGUGUAAAAAAGGAACGUGAACGGGAAGAUAAUGAACCAGAGUACAAAUUCGAAUGGCAAAGGAAAUAUAAUGCGCCAAGGGAAAGCUAUUGCAAAGGUGACAAUGAAAUCCGAGAUCAACCAUUUGGUAUACUUGUCAGGAAUGUAAGGUGCAUUAAGUGUCAUAAAUGGGGUCAUAUUAAUACUGAUAAAGAAUGUUCGAUGUAUUCAUUAUCUAUGAGUGAAGCGCGUGCUUUACAAGCCUCCACAUCAGCUCCAGAAGAAGAAGAAGUCAAACCCGAUGUACCUACUCUCAUGCAGCAAAUGCGGGAUACUGGAUUGGUGAUGAAACCGGGAGCUAUGCCAUUAGCUGCUACAAAAGUAGAAGACAAUGAUGCAUCAAAUUUCACUGAAAUGGAUCUUAUAAGUCAACUGACAAAAAAACAAAAGAAAAAGUUGUUGAAGAAACUUGAGAAAUUGGAAAAGAAAAAGGAGAAAAAACACAAGCAUAAGUCUAAACACUAAAGUAACUGUAGGUGCACAUAUAGGUACUUAUACAUAUCUUUGUUUUGUUUAUAUUGUAUUUGCAACAUUGUAUCUAAUACUUAAAUAUAAUUAUAAUGCUAUACUGUAAGUA